ACAUAGAGUAUAAAUAGCAGACUUCCUGAGCGUUGCUUGUGUUAUUGAUCGCUGAGGUUUCUAGUUUGGUGUUAGUAGCUGUGUGAGAAGGAUAUAAAGUGACAAGAUGUCAGUGGCUGUGGAGCAUCAGCAGCAGAAUGUGGUGGUUAGACUCGUUAACCUGCCCUUGGUGAGCUCCACCUAUGACAUGGUGUCUUCUGCCUAUGUGAACACAAAAGACAACCAUCCAUACUUGAAGUCCGUGUGUGAUGUUGCUGAGAAAAGUGUAAAGACUAUUACAUCUGUAGCCAUCACCAGUGCUAUGCCAAUCAUCCAGAAAUUGGAGCCACAAAUUGCCAUUGCCAACAACUAUGCCUGCAUCGGACUGGAUAAAAUUGAAGAAAAGCUUCCAAUUCUCUAUCAGCCUAGCAACAAGAUUGUGUCCAAUGCAUCUGAUGCAGUUACCGGAGCCAAGGAGACCGUCAUUCAAAGUAUUACAGGUGUAGUGGAUAAGACAAAAGAAGCUGUCCAUGAAAGUGUUGAAAUGACCAAAGCAGUUGUGAAUGGCAGUAUAAAUACUGUCUUGGGAAGCGGUGUAGUGCGUAUGGUGAGCAGUGGAGUUGACACUGCACUUUCAAAAUCUGAGACUUUAUUGAAUGAAUACCUACCACCAACUGAUGAAGAAUUGGCCAUUGAAGCAACAAAUACUGAAGGAUUUGAAGCAGACACUCAGAAGCCCAACUACUAUGUCAGACUAGGGUCCCUCUCCUCAAAGGCUCGUAAGCGUGCUUAUCAGCAAGCUUUAGUUCGGGUCAAAGAUGCCAAAUGCAGAAGCCAGGAAGCAAUUUCUCAGUUAAAUCAUACAGUUGAUCUGAUUGAAUAUGCCAGGAAGAAUGUGAAUAAUGCCAACCAAAAGAUUCAUGAUGCACAAGAGAAGCUCUACAACUCAUGGGCUGAUUGGAGGAAGAGCACAGGCCAAUCUGAGGGUGAAGCUGAAAGUGCUGAGCAUAUUGAGUCACGAACUCUCUCCCUUGCCCGGAACCUGAGUCAGCAACUUCAGACCACGUGCCUUUCCCUGGUGUCCAGUGUGCAAGGCCUGCCUCAAAAUGUUCAAGACAAAGCUGUGCGUGUCAGUGCCAUGGCUGGAGAAAUAUACCAAAAUUUCCGUACUGCCUCCUCCUUCGGAGAGGUAUCAGACAGCUUCCUAACUACCAGCAAAGGGCAAAUCAAAAAAAUGAAGGACUCAAUGGAUGAUGUAAUGGAUUAUCUGGUCAACAACACACCACUAAACUGGCUGGUGCCUGAUUUCAGCAUAACAGAUCUGUCAUCAGAAACUAAUGAUGCUCCAGAUUUUGCUGCUGUGGAAGAGGAAGAAAUGCAAGAUUAUUCUCGCCUCAAUGGUCGUAUUCAGUGUCGGCAAACAGAGUAAUUGUUUAGGAAAAAGAUGACUGUCUCAGUUGGCUUUUGUCAACCCUGUUAAAAACUUUUGAAACCAUGUGCCUUUAUGCAUUUUCUUGAUCAAGCACCUAACCAUUGUGUAGCCUUCCCCCUCUCCAUUACAUCACUCCCAUUUUGUGUAUAAAAGCUAAUUCACUUGACUAUAUACUUAAAGGAGCCAUAAACAUAGGAAUACAUUUACAUACCUGUGGGGAAGAAACAACGUAAGCCCCUAAACGUUUAUCUGUAUCUCUGUCCUCUUCUGCGCUGCAGUUUUUGUUUAAGUAUCACAGGCUUGUCUAAUUACAACAUGACCAAUUGUGCUGCUCAACUACAGCAUGAUGCUGCACUGGGGUAAACCUUUCCUCUCGUUUAUCACAGGUAUGGCUAUCCUCAUGUUAAAUAAUACUGUGCACAAUUGUUACAUUAAUUUCUACCUUUACUAUCCCUUAAACUAUAACUUGGUUUGGUGCACUGUGUUUAUACAUCUAAGUUGCCUUAAUGUACUUUGUGUAUUUUAAAUAAAAGAUUUGAGUGUGGUUUGGAAA